AUGAUGCUUCCGAAAGACUUCCAAAAGGAGCUUGAGGAAAGAGCUGCACGUGCUGCGUCACGUGGCUUCACCCUCGAAUAUCAGAACAAACGGGAACAAGAAAGCAACACCAUAUGCCUUAAACAACUCACUCCAGCUACUCUCCAGAAAUAUGAGGACACAGUCAAAAAUUGGGCAUUAUGGAGACUUUCCCGGAACGAAACUAUUGAUGCCAAUUUUUCCAAGAACGAACCUGAUCCCACCCCGGAAAUUUUGAAAUCUUUUGCCGAAGACUACAUCGCGACAAGAAAAAAAAUACCUUCGCAGCAGUCGGCAUGUCAGAACUUGAUAAACUUCACGUCAAGAUGGGAAAGAGAGACAUUGCGUUCUCUGCCGAGGCAUGUCAAGGACGAUGUUCUGAACGUAAGACCACUUAAUCUCCUCAGAACUAUUCCUCCUUACAAGUUGAAGUAUAUUCGGCAGGAUCUUACCGUCAAAUAUCGUAUGCGCACGAAGCCACGAGAGCGUUUCCUGGUCACGGCAAAGGACAUUGACUACCUUCUUCGGGGUCUUUUCGGAGACGAUCGGCACGAUUACAAACACGAGAGAGCACGGGUACAAACUGGGAGUGCUCUUGCACUUUUUGCUGGCUCGGGUAGUAGGGCCGGUGCUGUGGUGGAAUCGAGCGCCUAUCUUCACACCAACGAGUGUCUCUAUUAUAAGCAUCUUACCUUCAAUAUGAAAUGGAGCGACCAAGGCCAAUUAAAACGCUGGGUGACGAUUGAUCCCGAGUUUCUGAAAGGAUGCCGCUAUCGCGACGACAAAAAUAUACCGAGGAACUGGUUCAGAGAACAUCCAAUUCUCGGGAAGAGUUUCGUAUUCUGGGUGAUAGUGCACGGCGUAGCUGAUGGCGCUUUCAAGGGGCUCAGUACAGUGGCGGACGUUGUUUCCGUGAGACCCCCAAAGGGGAGAGAAUCGUAUACACUUGAGUGGAGUGAGAAUGCAAAGGAGCUCCCUUUCUUUAGGAUGGUGACUCCAGAAGGACCCCAGCGAGAGAAAGCAUUAUCAUUUUCUUCCAUGCACUGGAACUUCACGCGUCUAGCUCAGCGCGAGUGCUUCAAGGACCCUCUUCGUGUACAUGGGAUUCGUGGUGCCGUUGCAAAUUGCAUUGACCCCAAGGCGUCGGAAGCGACUCGCAGCCAGGCUCUUGAUCAUCAAAGCCAUAGCACAUAUAUUAAAUACCAAUCUGUGCUCAAAUCUCUGGACGUCCAGGCCAUAUUCUUUGAUUUGCAGCCUGACUAUGAAUGUCGGGACAUGGAGCAGAGUAUGGCUCACCACAGAGACCCAAAUGCGCCUCAGAGAUUGGACGCAGCUGCUAUCCAAGCAUUUGAAGAGAGAGACGACAUCAAAACUAUGAACCAGAGGAUUGCUUAUCUGACUUCAGAGAUCGCUGGAAAGCCCCAGCUACAUGAGGAACUUGCUGCCGAACGUACACAGCUAUAUAGCAGAAAAUCCAAAUGCCUAGAGGUCUGGAAGAAGGAAUUUAUACAGAAUUGGUGGCUUUCUGCAUACGACGAAUACAUAUCCGGAAACGAAUUCACAGAACGCGACAUGACUUCUUUAUUCAACAUAUAUAAGAAAUACCUACCAGAACGCGCUCGUCUCAGCGAAUCGCUAUUCGCGGAAACCUCAUUGGAUAGUUUUAUCGGCCAGCAAUGCCUAGAAGACAUGGUCGUGCUGUGCACAUCCACGGAACGCGUUGUUUACUACCCCGGGCUUUUACCUGAGGACAAUCGAUGUCCAAUAUGUUCCAAGCUCAUGUCACAGUGGGUAAAUUCUGUCGCUUGCUCUGGACUUCAGGACUAA